AUGGCAGCAAAUAGUGUUCCAGAUGUGGUUCUAAAUUCAGGAGAAAAGAUGCCGGCGAUAGGAUAUGGAACAGGAACUCCUCCUCCUCCAGAAGCUUUGAUUGAUGCCAUUAAAAUUGGCUACAGACAUUUUGAUACGGCUGCUUUCUAUAAUACUGAACAACUUCUAGGCCAAGCUGUGUCCAAGGCUUUAGAGGAAGGCCUCGUUAAAAGUCGCGACGAACUGUUCAUUACUUCCAAGUUAUGGUGUACUGAUGCUCACCAUGACCUUGUUCUCCCAGCUCUCAAAACCACCCUCAAAAAUCUGGGUUUAGAGUAUGUGGAUCUCUAUUUGAUUCACUGGCCAGUAAGGUUCAAACAAGAUGUUGUAGGCUUAAACUUUACAGGUGAGGAUAUGAUUCCCAUUGACAUAAAAGGAGUAUGGGAAGCUAUGGAAGAGGUUCAUAGAUUGGGCUUAGCAAAGUCUAUUGGUGUUAGCAACUUUGGUGCCAAAAAGCUCUCCAUACUUUUAGAAAAUGCCAAAAUCACUCCAGCAGUUAACCAGGUGGAAAUGAAUCCAUCGUGGAAUCAAGAGAAACUCAGAGAAUUCUGCAAGCAGAAAGGAAUUCAUGUUGGUGCAUGGUCGCCACUAGGAGCAUACAAAGAUCCUUGGGGUUCAGCUGCAGUGAUGGAUAAUCCAAUUCUGCACAAAAUUGCUAAGGCUAAGAACAAGAGUGUACCCCAGAUAGUACUAAGAUGGAUAUACCAGCAUGGAGUAACUGCGAUUGUGAAAAGCUUCAAUAAGGAGAGGAUGAAACAAAACCUUGAAAUAUUUGAUUGGGAAUUGAGUCAGGAAGAGUCAGACAAAAUCAAUCAAAUUUCUAAAAUGAGAACUCUAAAAGCAGAAAUGUUCAUAUUUGAAAAUGGACCUUAUAAAUCUUUGGAAGAGUUGUGGGAUGGUGAUGUUUAA